AUGGUUCAGGACAGAGCUAGUCCGUCCCCCUCCACCCUGCCGGAGUCCCCUGGUCACAACUCUCCUGGUAGUGCCUUACUGCUGGAUCUGAAGAGGGUUUCUGUGCUGCUGGUCGACUGCAGGAAAACACCAGGGCAGAGUGGAACUGUGAGAGAAGGACACGAGGAGGGAGAUGGAGAUCUGAUUUCAUCAAGGGACACCCUUAACCAUUGUUCUCUUAGUGGGAGGGGCUUAUCGUCUGGGGAGCCUCAACAACAUCCUGUUGCUGACGAGACAGAGAAGAGUCUCUCCAGAUCAGAACAUCUCAAGAAACACCAGCAGGGACGUACAGGGAAGAAACCUCACCACUGCUGCUCUGACUGUGGGAAGAGUUUUACAAGCCAGAGUGGCUUCAUUAUUCACUGUGAUCAGUGUGGGAAGAGUUUUGCUGCAUCUAACACCUUCAAAUCUAAUGUAAGAAUUCAUACAGGGGAGAAGCCUUACCCCUGUCUUGAUUGUGGGAAAAGCUUUGUUAGUGCAGGAGCCUUAACUGUACACCAGCGUGUACACACAGGAGAGAAACCUUAUAGCUGUGAUCAGUGUGGAAAGAGCUUCAAUCAGUCAGGCCACCUGACUACACACCAGCUAAUGCACACUGGAGAGAAUCCUUAUAGCUGUGAUCAGUGUGGGAAGAGCUUUGCUGUACUUCCCUCCCUGACUAUACACCAGCGCAUACACACAGGAGAGAAACCUUAUAGUUGUGAUCAGUGUGGAAAGAGCUUUGCUGUAGUUUCCUCCCUGAUUAGACACCAGGUAACACACACUGGAGAGAGAACCUAUGUCUGUCUAUGUGGGAAGAACUUUGCUCUAGCUUCCACCCUGACUGUACACAAGAGAACACACACUGGAGAGAAGCCUUAUAGCUGUGAUCAGUGUGGAAAGAGCUUUGCUGUAUCAGAAAAACUAACUAGACACCAGCGAAUACACACAGGAGAGAAGCCUUAUAGCUGUUAUCAGUGUGGGAAGAGCUUUGCUCAAUCAGACAAUCUAACUAGACACCAGCGGAUACACACAGGAGAGAAGCCUUAUAGCUGUGAUCAUUGUGGAAAGAACUUUACUCAGUCCUCAGCCCUGAAUUCACACAAGCUAACACACGCUGGUGAGAAAGAAGCCUUAUAUCUGUGAUCAGUGUGGGAAGCGUUUCAGUCAGUUAUGGACCCUUUAUUCACACCAGUGAACACACACUGGAGAAGGAGCCUUUGGUCUGUCUAGGUGGGAAGAGCUCUGUUUAUUUAGGGCCAAUGA